UUUCCCUUGGAUAUGCUUAACUGUACACACUGAGGUGUCCACCAUCUAAAAGAACUGCCAUGGCAACAUCAGCGUCGUCGUCAUGUGAACCAUGUUCCCAAAGAAAUAAAAUAACAAAGGCAUUAAAAUGGUGUAGUGAUUGUGAAGAAUCGAUGUGCCAAACGUGCACCGAUUGUCAUUUGUCAAUGAAAGCAACCAAACGUCAUCACAUUAUAGAUUUACAGGUCGCCCAUUCCUGCCAUUCAAAUCCACUGACAGGGAUUCAGUUUUGCGAGAAGCACGAAGGUCAUCCUUUCGAAUAUUUUUGUAAAGACCACAAUGCUUUAUGUUGUCACGAAUGUAUGGCAACUAAUCUGCAUAGAGCCUGUAAGAUACACACAAUCAAAACAUGUUCUAAACAUUUUAAGACAUCACAAACAUUUAAGAAUGUAGAAACUGUGAUUGAUCAUUUUAUCGAAACUCUAACAAGUAUAUCAGAAGAUAGGGCAUCUAAUGCAGCCUCCAUUAAAGGAGAUGUCGAAGAUGUAAAAAAGUCGAUAACGAGGUUCAAGGCCAAUAUAGUACAACAAUUAGACACGCUUGAAGUAUCCAUAUUUGAGGACUUAGAUCGUAUGCAGGAAGAAAUGUCAGUGAAAUUAAAUACUGAAAAAGACCAAGCAGAAACUGACAAGGAAGUAGUCAGUGUUUAUAAGAAACAAUUCCAAUUCAUGAGCCUCCAUGGCUCCGACAGACAAGCAUUCCUUUUCAUGCACAAAUUGAAAAUGGCAUUGCAUGACUUGACUAAUCAGCAGAUAGGAAAAAUUGCGCGGAUGAGAUCGCUAUCCAUAGAACAUAAGAUGCCAAAGGAACUCUUAUCAUGCUUGUCUCUUGGGUCUGUCAUUCCAAAAGAUAACCUUUGUACCGAAAAAUUUAAACUUCAUGUAGAAGAUUUCAAAUUUUACAAAAACUUUCAUUUGCACAAGAAAGUAGACAUGACCGGAAUAGACAAAAAGGCGUUUAUUACCGGUAUGGCAGUGUCAGGUGAUAAGCUGUUACUCUGCAAUUGCGACUGGAAUCAUCACAUGCCUCAAGUUCUUGUUUUCAAGAAAAGCGGAGAAUAUCUUGCCAACAUAGAAGUUAAAGGAGCACCAUGGGAUAUUGCUGUCCUACCACGAAGCGAUCAAGCUGUAGUCGUUCUACCCAGCACUAACUCCAUUCAGUUCAUUGAUACAAUGAAACAGGUUUCUGGUAGGGAAAUCAAAAUGGCGGGAAGUGAUGAAAAACGUGGCAUAGCUGUAACAGACGACAAAAUAUUUGUGGGUGGAAUGGAUCGAAUUGUAUACAUUUUAGACCACGAUGGCAAUUUGAUGUCAACAAUAUUUAGCAGAGGUGAGAAAUUUUGCUAUCUCCUAUCAGUCAGUAAUUGCGAUUUAGUGUAUUCCGAUUUUUCAAGUAUUCACCGCAUUAAACUUGAUGGGUCAGAAGUCUAUAGUUAUAAGUCUCCAAAUCUUAGAAACCCAAAGAAAAUUGCAACAGACCAGCUUGGAAACUUAUACGUUGCUGGAAAAGACAGCAAUAAUAUACAUCGCAUAACACCUGAUGGAACAUUUUUGGACAUUGUAUUGACAGAAGAAGAUGGCAUUCAUCAUCCACGAGCUAUAUAUUUUGACAACAGUAGCAACAUGCUGUUCAUGUCAAAUCAAUGUGGAAAAGAACUUCUGAUUUUUAGUUGUACUUGACCUUGUUACUAACCUAAUUGUUUAUGGAUUUUUUUUCUUUCUUGCAUUAUACUUUUACGUUAUUGGAUUUUUUUUGAUUUUAGAAUUGGUGCAAUGAGAAACAUAUAACAGGAAUAAUAAAAUGAUAUUAAAUAAUGGA